CCUGAUUCCGUUGUCCUUUUUCUAAUCGCUUGUACCGGUACAGAAACUCCAUCAAACACGCGAGCCAACCGCCCCAGCCAGCAAAACCCUCUUCGGGCCUUCAUACAGCAGAGAUGGGGCGCGGCUUGGGUUGCACUCUAAACAGCAAAGGGACGAAGACCGGGGCCCCCCCUCACCUGUGAGACCACCUCGCAGAAGAGCACCAUCUCGCGGUUGUUAUUCUGCCACAUGCUGCUCCACGCGGGAGUGGAAUACCAAAUGGAUAAUCAGAGGUUCUUAUCAACCUUGAAAGGGUAGAGCCGGGAAGAAAAGGCUGCCGUGCCGUGCCACACCCUCUUCUCGUCGUCUCCGUCCCGUCUCUCGUCUCUUGUAUCCCGUUUCCCGACCUUCUUCCUCUCACUCCCUCAGCUUGGGACCGACCUCCUAGCUCACGUACUCACUCGGGCCCCGGAUUGAGGUAUCCUGCAAGGCGAUGCAGGCGCUUUGAAGCUCAUACCACCCCUUCCGUAGAGAACUGUCGCCUUGCGCCAGUAACAUCUCGCAAGACAUUGUCUCCGUUCCGAACCCGGCAGGCUCUGCGCGGUGGACCACUCAUGAUCGGCAUCCGCAUCCAGAGUUUAUCAGUUGACGACGACACACGAUGCCAUUAUGAAGUCAAGUAGGUCCAGUAAAAACAAGUCCAAGAGUGGUGGUGGUAGCGGUGGCAGCGGCGGAGGUGGAGGAAGCAGCGUGUGGUCGCCUUGGACUUGGUCAGACGAGCACCAGAAUUACUACACGUAUCGCACGAAUAAUGGCGAGCCGGAGUACCACUGGCAGGAAACACAAGCUGCUCCACAGCAGCAUGUCCAAGCGAUCCCACGCGAGCAGCCGAAUGUAGAGGAACUCACCAACGGCCUCGACAACCUCUCAACCUCGCCUUCCGCGAACGACGGCGAUUACAGCUAUGCGCUACAAGGGGAGGAAGUUGUUGAUCAGUCUUAUAUGUACCCAACUUCGACUGCAUCGUACGGCAAUUCGAGUCGGUCGAGAAAGGGCAAGGAGCCAUCGUACGAGCCUCAGCCGCAUGAUGGGGAAGACAACCCACCUGAGGAGCCAGCUCCACCGUUGGACCCCUUCUGGGGUGCCGAGCAAGAGACGCCCUCGGAUUAUGCAAUAGCCCCGACUGCGCACCAUGAUGAAGACUUCCUCCCUCCCCAGAAUAGCACGGAAGGCUUGUAUCACGAACCCGAGGGAUACAUGUCAACACUUGAUCCAGCUACAGCCUCCCACAGUCGAGGUUCUGGAUAUGGGGCAACAGACGUAGACGACUACGACCAGGGCAGCAUCUUACAAGAAGCCCUGACGGAGUCAUAUGGGAAACAGAUCCAAGGCGGAUCGUCUACAGAGCCAGCCUACGGAGCAUUUGCAGAUGCUGAAGAUGAUGGAACGCGGACACCAACAGCCCGGAGAUCCCCUGAGCCGUUUUAUGCCCCGUCCUCUCAUACCACGUCGCACAUCAGUGGCACAUUCGGGACCAAUGAGGAUUUGGACCCACGAUACGUUGUUGAACCGUCGCACAAGUUUCGCCCCGGAUCGAUUUUCAAAGUUUUGUGGUGCGAGCCUUCAGGCUCCAGUCUCGGAGGAACGCCGACCAUAUCCGACAGACAGCCGGUCCAAGAUCGAUUUGGCGGGUCCCUUUUCGUCGGGUUCCGACGCUUCGUCGUCGUUGCCAAUGACGAUGGUCAUUGCACUUGCGUACCAAUCCUUACGUACCAGGGCAAGGCCUGUAAGAAGAAGGGCGUGAAACCUCACAAGCAUGGUAUGGUCUAUCACAACAAGCCUCAUCGUCUUCUACCAAACGAGCCAGAGCUUGGAUUCCCGGCCGUGCGAGCCAAGCUCACCGUCGAAGGGGAGAAGCUCGAUAAGGCUUCUCGCGUCAAUUAUUCGAAGCUUGUGACCAUUGAACACAAUGUCAAGGUCUUCUUCAUCGGUUACAUCAGCCCCGAGCGGAUGGACGAUUUUGCAGGUGCUGUCGACGCAUGCUGGGAGAGCAAAACGCACUCGCACAGGAGAUCAAGGAGAUGAGCAGACGGCCUGUCCGCGAACGCUUUUGAGCCCCCCGUCAUGACACUCGUACACACGGUUCACGACUAUAUACGUUAAGAAAUGCAUACAAGCAUGCUCAUUUACCACAGUUAAACGAUGGUCUAUUAUGCCGCCAUAUCGGCCAACCCCCACCUUUUUUUAAUUUAUUUUGUCUUAUUCUUCUUCCUUUUCUUCAAAUUGUAUUUCGAAGUAUUUUGACACGGCGGGCCUGUAUCACGCCAAAGGUUUCUAUCACCUCACACUGGCUGGUUUGUCCACGUUGAGUUAGCAGCACUGAAUGCACGUCGCAACAACAGUGAAGGGCAUGGGAACAGGCCAUAAGGCAGAUUGUAGUGGCGGGAUUUCCUACUAUCCGCGUGAACUCUUUAUCUCAUUAGCACGAGCGCGAAUCUCAGCUCCAUCUGAUUAUGUCUUCCACAUCUGAAAUCGUCUACCAAACACUUUGCCGUCGGCAGGCGAGAGAUGUGAC